AUGUUGCAUGACGAAAGUCAUUAUCUUAAUACCUUCGGAACCAUCGUGAGAGUCGUUAAAGAUGUGGUCGGGAAUCGAUGCGAUUUGAUCGUUGAAAGAGUUUCACGCAUACAAACACACAUACAUGACCUUCUUUUUGCGCGAGUAUCAAGUCGCGAGACUUCCUGCCUCUCAGUGGUCCAAUACAACGAGAGACGUGACGUCAUUUCGGGGAUAUGCCUCUGCAAUUACCCCAAUAUACUGUCCGUGUCGCCGGACGAUUGGUUGACCUGGUUAAAAACAAUUUACGGGAUUCCCGCUGCCACGGAACGGAACACAAUGUUCAUACACUUACUCGUAUGGGAUGAGCUCUAUUCGAACGAGUUUCUUGGAGAGCUAUUGACUGCGGUGUUCGACAACACUACCUUUUGCCAAUACGUGGUUCUCGUAAUUCCAUCCCAAGUUGAACCAGUGCAUUUGAGCGUGUUCGAGCAAGAGAUGACUAAAGUCUUACCCAAAACUGUCGUGCGAGACGUCACGCUGCAAUUUCUCUAUCUGACUAAUCGACAUCGAUUACGUCCAAAGUUGAAAAUACGGAGAGUCGUAGAGGAGGAUCACGACGACGUGAUUGAGAUUAUCGGCGAUGAGGGUACACGUCUAAAGAAGCUUCAUGGAGAGCAUUAUAUUAAUAAGAUGAUUCAUCAUCCGAACAGUUGUCGUCAAUUGAUCAUCGGAGAGAAUACCAAAGGCUCGACAGUGGGUGUCAUGUAUCUCAACGCUACGAUCAACAUCGAUCUGCUUAACGAGAAUUUCGAAUUAAUGCCAUACAAUGGUUUAAAAAAAUCGCGGGAAAAUGAUCGUACUGUUGGACAUAACGAGACGAUGCAAUCUCAAUUCGUUCAUCAUGUUUUUCCGACGCGAACGCCGGAUGGCGAAAUAAAUGCCUUCGUUUUGGAGGUGUUUGCGACACGCAAUGAAAUGAGACCUCACUGGUCCCACGAUUUCUUGGAGGCUGCUUUCGAUUGCUUCCCGCAUUUAGAGUACUGCGUGAUUCUUCUUCCUUUCGAACACCCGUGCUAUCAAUUCCUUCAACAUUUUGUGCGCGUACCGUUGAGAUGUAAUAGAGAUUUCCCUAUGACGCUGUACGUUCUGCACCGAGCGGUUGUUCACGAGGAGAUGAGAUGUCGCCGUGCGCGAACACAAGAUCGUGAAGCUAUAGAGAGACUCUUGUUCAUUACAUCAACAAAAUACGAGGUCUUGGCUGAUUUUGAUUUUGCUAUGGAUCCUUUACAGGCUGUACAGCGUGAUUGUUUCAUCUUUGAAAGUAACGAUAUAAUACUGGGGCUCGCUAUACUGUGCGCCGAGAGGCAGGUAAAUUUCGUUACGAAUCAUUAUCAUAUAGAGGACUACGUAUCUGUGCAGAGUAUUCCUCAAAAUAAUUACGGACGUCUCUUGCAUUUUGUUCUUAUGCCAAUUUUUUCCGCUUACCAUCGCUUCUUCUUCCGCGAGCUCGCACGUUUAAGCGACUUAACGGUAAUCUUUUAUCGGCUUCAUCACAAAGAUGAGACUGGAAACUCGACGUGGAUAUAUCCUUUGGUAUCCUGUUUGAACGAUAUGAUUCCGGUUGAUCCCCGUAGACAAGCUGAAUAUGAAUUUCCGAUUGUUCAGGAAAACUUUAAUAGCUCUGAAAAUAAUACAAAAUGUGAAGGAAAUGAUGUUGCGAACGAUGAAUUUUCUCUAUUUAUGACGUCACCGAGACUAGCCAUGAUGCCACGUACAAUUAUCGAUACGAGGAUCGUUGUCGUUGGAGCAUCCGACUGCGGAAUUGCUUUCGCGGAAUAUCUGAGUUUACGAUUAACGCAGCGUUAUAGGCAAUUGACAAAUCUUACGUUAAUAUCGCCAAAUGGUAUACCAUUUGAUAACGAAUCGAGUUCAGACUGUUGCGAAUAUUUGCUUCCAUUCAGAGGAAGGUUUCACUCGGGAUAUCGUCGCUAUGUAGUCGCACGGACUUGGCUUAACAUCAUCUACGGAACUAUGGCAGCGAUCGACAGGGUGGAGAAAUAUGUGACUGUGAUGAAUCAAGGAAAUAUCGCGUACGAUUAUUUGAUUUUAACGUGUGGCUUACAAUAUCAAAACUCGACAUUAUGGGAGGAAAUAAAAAUGGAAAAGCAAGAAAAAAACGAGGUACAAGACCAAAUGCCAUGGAAUUGUCUGACCGUAAACAACGAUAAGGAAGCUUCCACUUGCUUCGGAAAGAUUCGAAAGUUAACAAGAGAUUUUAAAGAAAGGAGUAGGUGCAGCGAUUUAGUAAAAUUGUUACUUUAUACUGUUUCAAUAUUUAACACUCUACAGAAGCGAUAUUAUUUCGGAUGUAAUAUCGAUUGCUACUGUACACUUGGUGGUUUAAUCAAGCUUGGAGUAGAGCCUUCAUGGAUCACGUUGAUUGAGCCGAGCUCUUUCAAAUCUUACAAUACACGCGACCAAGCUUUCUUUCAUGAUUACGAAGUGAACAAAGUGGUGACAGAUGCCAUUUUACGAAGUGGAGUUCAAGUUUUUUCCGAAUGGACCGUGAUCGAUUGGACUCUGACGGAAAACGAGCAAAGCUCUGAUGCAAAGCUCAUCAUGAUCAAGAGUAUUACGAUUGAAAAGGAGGAAGAAAAGAAAAAGUUGACUUGCGACGCUCUGUUGAAUUUGUACGCGAAAACGACGUUUUUAGGCCGAUUGUACUUGAGCAACCUCAAAUAUAAGAAUCGACUAUUAAUACCAGUCAUAAUUUAUAUCGUUUCAGCGUUCUGUCGAGCUGGUCUCGUUUUCGAUGGUUCAUUAAUAAUAGACUCGGAAUGUCGCACCAACGAUCCGUUUAUUUUCGCCGCUGGUACCAUGACGAAAUAUUCCCGAAAAUUUUAUGCCGACGUCUGGCAGCACAAAUAUUACAAUAGCAUGGAAGUUGGAGAGAGACUCGGUCAAAUUUUAUGGAAAGUGAUUGAGUGGGACGUGCAAGUUUCCGAGCAAGUAUCAAAAAAGAAAGAGGUCAUGCAUUUGACACCAUCGAUAUUCCGUGCACCUAUCGUAACCGCUUGCAUUUUGCCAGGUGAUUAUCAUUACUUGCAUGUAUGUAAACCUGGAAAAGCAACUUGGGAUAACACGACGAAGAUCAAUCACAAUAAUUACGGAAAUACAUUUAUAACCGGUUCUUGCAAAUCUGAAAUUGGAUAUUUUCGCAUCCGAUUGAAUAUGUACGACACUGUGGAAAGUGUAACCUGCGUAAGCAGAAAGACAUUUCGAGUGCAGGACAUGAUUGUUUUAUAUGGGAAACACGAGAGCAUGUUAAACGAAUUGAAAUUCCGUUUUCGAAAUUUAGAAAUCUCAGAUUUCUACGCGUAUUUUCGUGAACCUUGGGCCGCGGCGAUUCUCCAUGAUAGAUUCGAUUGUCUGCGCGUCGAAAAUCGGGCUACUUUGCUGUCGCGAACGGACAUUUAUGACAAUUCUUUAGACGAUGAUUGCAUUAACACGUUAAUCGAAUCAAAAUGGAAAACAAUAUCCGAAAAAGAUCAAAAUUACAUCGAAUCUAAAUACGCUGGCUCGAUUUAUCAUCAAGAAUUAGAGAAUAAUCUCAUGAAUUUUCUCGAAUUUUACGAGAAUGAACUACCUAUGUAUUAUACUUUACGUAAACAGCGCCAAAUGUAUAUGGACAUUGAAGAAAGUCCGUUAUAUUUUGACCAAUAAAACUUUUUGCAAAUUCUCA